CUAUGUGAAUCCUCAGCUUAUGGAGUUUUCUUAGUGUUCUUUAGCUUCCCGCAUUUUUUCUUUUUUUCCCCUUUUUUCAAGUUCUCUUUUGAAUUUCUGAUUUUGGGUCGGCGGAAUUUUGUUCCAAUUUGCGCGAAUCCGGUGGCUUCCGAUGGCCAAAGGCCGGAGACUGACGUUCAGCAGGAGCGAGCGCUUGUUGGGAAGCUACGACUACGGAGCCAACGGGAACGACGGCGCGGAGUUCGAUGAAGACGACGUCUGGUCGACGGUCGACGACGGGGCGGACAGAGGGGAGGGCGGCAUGGAGAAUCCGCAGCUGGUGUGGGCCGCGCGCCCCCCGGAGGAGAGCGACGGGAGGGGGCGGCGGACCCGGCGGGUCCCGCGCGGCGGCCUGUCCUUGGCCUUCGAGGACUCGGGGGUCAGGCCGAGGAUCGUGCACCAGUUCCGCGGGAACGACUCCGCGGCCGUGGCGUCCUCGUCGCCGGGCGGGCACGGGCACCACAUGGCCACGUCGGCGCCCGUGAACGUGCCCGACUGGAGCAAGAUAUACCCGGUCGACUCGGCGGAGUCGAUGCACGACUCGGACGACGGGCUCGAGGAGCGCGACUCCGAGAUGGUCCCGCCGCACGAGUACCUGGCGCGCGAGUACGCCCGGAGCCAGAAGUCGGCCGCCACGUCGGUCUUCGAGGGCGUCGGCAGGACGUUGAAGGGGAGGGACAUGAGGCGAAUGCGAGACGCGGUGUGGAGCCAAACCGGGUUCGACGGUUAAUACCCAAUACAACCAUCAUUAUCGCGGCCGCCGCCGCUGCCAUGGCCAUAUUUACUGUAUCCACCAUGGACGAAAAAUAGAAUAUUAGGAGGAACGGGAUUGGGAGUAGUAUUCAUCAUUGUGAAAGGUAAAAAAAAUUUCUCGGGCAGUGAUUCGGCCGAGUCGACUCGGG